GUGCUUGUUUGAAGCAUGGUGUCUCUUGUCCCAGAGGAACCGCUGCUGCUGGCUGAGCUCAAGCCCGGGCGCCCCCACCAGUUUGAUUGGAAGUCGAGCUGUGAAACCUGGAGUGUCGCCUUCUCUCCAGAUGGCUCCUGGUUCGCUUGGUCUCAAGGACACUGCAUUGUCAAGCUGAUCCCCUGGCCGCUGGAGGAGCAGUUCAUCCCUAAAGGAUUUGAAGCCAAAAGCCGAAACAGCAAAAAUGAUGCGAAAGGGCGAGGCAGCCCAAAGGAGAAGACUCUGGACUGUGGGCAGAUUGUCUGGGGUCUGGCCUUCAGCCCGUGGCCAUCUCCCCCCAGCAGGAAGCUCUGGGCACGCCACCAUCCCCAAGUGCCAGAUGUCUCUUGCCUGAUCCUUGCUACGGGACUCAAUGAUGGGCAGAUCAAGAUUUGGGAGGUGCAGACAGGGCUCCUGCUUUUGAAUCUUUCCGGCCACCAAGAUGUUGUGAGAGAUCUGAGCUUCACACCCAGUGGCAGUUUGAUUUUGGUCUCUGCGUCUCGGGAUAAGACUCUUCGCAUCUGGGACCUGAAUAAACAUGGUAAACAGAUUCAGGUGUUAUCGGGCCACCUGCAGUGGGUUUACUGCUGCUCCAUCUCCCCGGACUGCAGCAUGCUCUGCUCUGCGGCUGGGGAAAAGUCGGUCUUUCUAUGGAGCAUGCGGUCCUACACAUUAAUCCGGAAGCUAGAGGGCCACCAAAGCAGUGUUGUCUCCUGUGACUUCUCCCCUGACUCUGCCUUGCUUGUCACGGCUUCUUAUGAUACCAACGUGAUCAUGUGGGACCCUUACACUGGCGAGAGACUGAGGUCACUCCACCACACCCAGCUCGACCCCCCAAUGGACGACAGUGAUGUCCACAUUAGCUCCCUGAGGUCUGUGUGCUUCUCCCCGGAAGGCUUGUACCUUGCCACGGUGGCUGACGACAGACUCCUCAGGAUCUGGGCCCUGGAACUGAAAACUCCAAUUGCAUUUGCUCCUAUGACCAAUGGUCUUUGCUGCACAUUUUUUCCACAUGGUGGAGUUAUUGCCACAGGGACAAGGGAUGGUCACGUCCAGUUCUGGACAGCUCCCAGGGUCCUAUCAUCACUGAAGCACUUAUGCCGGAAAGCCCUCCGAAGCUUCCUCACCACCUACCAAGUGCUAGCACUGCCAAUCCCCAAGAAGAUGAAAGAGUUCCUCACAUACAGGACUUUCUAAGCAACGCUACAUGGUCUUACUUACUUUCUCUGUAGCAGGAUAAAUCACCCUGGCAAAGGAGUAGCUGGAAUAAUGGGCCGAAUACGUGGUCUUGGAUGGAAAUAGAAAUUCUCUUUGGGAUUGUGAGUAGAAUGUAGCAAAACCAGACUCCAGUGGACUAGUCCUGGAUCUUUUCCCCACGCAUGUGAGAGUCAGGCAUAGAGGAGGGGAUUCCACUUCCAUGGCCACAGAGCCUUAUCUUAAAUCUUCAGUCCACGCAGAAACAACAGUUUUGAAUUCUUUCUAGUAGUUCUGAUUCAGAGUGCGGUUACUGAUGUUUUGUUAAGGAGCGUUAACUAGGCCUCCAGAGCCUCUGUAGUGGCAGAGAGAUUUCAACUCCCCCCUAGGAAGCGUGGCGACUGCCUAGUACUUACUGUUGUUCUGAUGCCACAGUAGCAUCGUUUCAAGUUCUCUCCUGUUGUGUCAGAGUUGCUUUGAUGUUGGCACGUCUUUCCUUCCUCUAGCUCCCCUCUGACCAGCAGUUUUCAUGGAGUGGCCUCUGGUAUGAGGUAUUAACCCAGAGGCUGUGCUCCUGACUAAUACACUAUCAUUGGUUUGCUUUUUUUUUUUUAAACCAACAGUGGUGUGCAUGUGCAGAUGACAAAUUUAUAUGCCAGGUUACCCCAGGAUUUAUUCCUAAACUGCAUGACUGUUCUGAUGGCUGAGUUGUCAGCUGUUUGCCUUUCAUUAGCAUAUUUAUUUGUAUUUUCUCAACAGAUGUUAAGGUACAACUGUGUUUUUCUUGAUGGUAUCUAAAAACCAUAGUACUUAAGUCUAA